AUGCCGCUGCCUUGCGCUCUCGCUCGGGUCUGUGACUUGAAGCUGGAGUUCGACCAGGGCCACAUCGUGAACAUGGUGACUGCGGCGAUGGGGGGCGACAUGAACGGGUGGCUCUACCUGGCGGUGCAGGCGUUGAACUUCCAGUAUCGCUUUGGAGGCAAGCAUCCUCUGUUGAAGGGGGACAGCGCCCGCCGCUUCUUCGGCCCCGCCGGCCUGGUGCAGGUGGAGGCCCUGCGGCACCUGGCGCGGAGCGUGUGCGCUUUCCUGGAGCCGCACGGCGACGAGGUGCCGAUGCUGGAGUGGGAGUCGGCGCUCAAGUCUUCAACGGUCAGCUACACGGGCGAGGGGGUGUACGCCGCGGAGAAGCUCGACCGAGUGCGCCUGAUGCUGGCCUUGCCGCCGAAUCGCGCGCGCGGGUCGGUGCUGGCCACGGAGGUGAGCGACGGUUGGAUCCGAGGUGUGCUGGAGAACCCCGAGUGGAUCCUGGAGAACCCUGAAGAUCUGGAGGAGAUGCCGAAGACCCCCCGCGUCUGGGCGCAGGACGCCGAGUGGGAGCUCAUCGCCGCCGAGCUCGUGGACCGCGGGAUACCGGUGCCUAUCGAGGAGGAGUGCGUUGCGCAGGUGAGAGCGCGGCGCGUGCUGGACGGCCUCUUUGGGGUCCGCAUGUCAGGGCGCGGCAUGGGCCAGGGUCCGCAGCACCUCGUGAUGAACAUCAUCCCUAGCAACUGGCUGCAGGAGACGAUCGAGGGCGACGUGGGCCUCCUGCCGGCGAAGGACAAGUGGAAGAGCCUCAUUCUGAGGAAUGGCGAGGUGCUCCAGGUACAUGGCCUAUUGUCCAAGCCCGUCAGGCGCGCUGCGCUGGGCCUGGCCGGGAGUGGCAGCGUGUUCGCGGCGGCGGCGAUGACCCCCAUGGGCUGGAUCUCGGCGACGCAGUUGCGCGAGUGGGCCCCAGGCGUCGAGCCUCUGCCGGUGGAGCAGGAGUUGCGACGCGACCUCGCUCUCCCUCGUCGUGAGCUGGGCGCGGGGCCCCCCGCUUUGGACCGGGCCUCGCUGGCAAAGCCGCGGGCCUUAGAGGGGGGGCCCGCGCAAGGGCGGGUUGGCUGCAGCUACGACGACAUGCACGUACCCGUUCACACUGGGCGCACAGGGCAGAGGACACCGGCCGUCCUACAGUUCGAGACCCACUUGAGGGAAGCUCCGCAUUUGCUCAAGGAUAUUGGUGAGCUGUCGGGCUGCCGUCUCAUCUGUCACUGCAGGCCAGAUCAGGCAUGCCAUGGUGAUAUGCUGAUCAAGGUGUGCACCGACAACUUCGUCCUCCUGGAGAUCGCGGAUGAGGAUAAGUUUGUGAGCCGCUCGCUGAAGAGCCAGGCCUUGGGCGAAGUCGUGGACGGCGAGCUAGGUGCGAUCAGCCCCUCCAAGGACUUCACCUACAAGCUGGUGAGCCUAAGCUUCUUUUCGCUGGACCGCGAGAAGGUGGCGCAGAGAUGGUUGCAGGUGCUUGCAGGCGAGCGCCGCCUGCCUAGCCCCGUCUUCAGGGAUAUCCUGAUCGCGCUGGGGUUCUUGCCACUCAUGAGGUGCGACCUGCGGCAUCCUGUCAGCGGCGUGGUGACGGUGUGGGGUGCCAGUCAGCAGAAGGGCGCCGUGUGCCGAGCCGUGCGACUCCCCCCCGCGGGGUCGCGGCCGCGCGAGCGGCUCGGGGUCAGCGCGGAGGCCGACUGCAGGACGAUGGCGCGCUGUUUUUUGUUUUUGGUUGGCGGCAUAUGUGGCAUCAGGCGAGUUCUCGACAUGCUGGGCUUGAGUGUUGCAGUGUACGCCGCGUCCGAGACCGACGUGGAGGCGCGCCGGGUAGUGCGGCAUGAUUGGCCUGAUGCGAUGGAACCCGGCGACGCGCAGCAGCCGGGGGGAGAAGGCGCCCCCUGCGUGGACCUGACUCGUCUCGGCGUGGACAGGUGCGGGCUGCUUGGCAAGCGGUCUGGCCUCGUCUUCGAGAUCUCGCUGGUGCAGUGCGACUGGGACCUGAUGGCUCAAUGGCAGGGCGCUGUGAACGAGUCGGAGGAGGUCAGGAGGGUGUUGAUCCCAGGUGGCGCGGGCGAUCUCAAGCGGCGGCUUCAUGCGGGCCGUCGCUGGCGCGGUGCAGAGUGCGAGGAGCAGAGGUUGCCGACCUUCGCCCGUUGCAUCCCGAGGGCGUGCGCGGGCUCUAAGCCCGAGGGUUUGCACCAGUGUUCGGAGGAUGAGUUGGCGCGCUGGCGCACCCACGAGUACUGCGAUGCCCCGUGCCAGUUCCGAACCCGCGAGCUGAAGGCGGUCCGUUGCGCCCUGCUGGGCAACUCUUCCCAAUGCGCCGUGGUGGCCUGGAUCUUGGGGCACUGGGCGCACUGCCAGAGGUACCUCGACGGCGUCCCGAGCGUGGAGCAGCUGCGGCAGCAAGGCGGCGGCUUCGACGCGUGCGAGGGCGUGGUGAGGAUGGCGGCCGGCGGUGACGAGGGCGUGCUGCGUCGCCACAAGGAUCUGCGCGGCCGCGAAGCCCAGGAGGACACGGUCAGACGCACUGAAGUUCGAGGCUCGGAUGUUCGAGUGGAUUCGCUGGAGGUGAUGUGCCCUGAUCUGUGGCCUCGGAGGCCCAUCGGUGUGGCGCGCGGGACAUGGAAGACGGUCCUGGUCUGGCGCUGGAAAUGGAAGAGCCACAUCACUGCGCUGGAGGUCCUCAGUGCGCUCGCUGCUCUACGUUGGAGUCUGAUGUGGAACAGCUUGACUUUCAACUUUGCGAAUGGAUUGAGGCGCUGUGGGCCGCUGGCCGGCCAGCUGGAGAUGCGGCACGCGCCAGAGCACGUGGCGCGCUCGUGGUCUCGCAACGACGUGGCACUCUUCAGGCGGGUCUUCAGGGAGCUCAUCUCCAGCCUGGGGCUCGAGCGCCGCCAGCGCGCGCCGUGCCCCCUGCGCCGCGGCGGCGCGACGAUUAACCACCGUUGCUACAGCAACAUGGGCCACGCGCUCAUCACGGGCAGGUGGCAGGGCACCGCCGCGGCGCAGCUCUACAUGUCGGACGGGCUGCAGAGCAG